AUGGGAGACAGUCAUUCUGAAAGCGUCUCUAACGGGCAGCCUGUUGAAGCCACCAGUACCCCAAAUUCGAUAACAACAACAACAUCAGCACUACCUUCCGAUCUCGAGGCCUUGAUAUUAUCUAGGUUCGAUGACCUCGUAGCUAAGGGCGAGUUGAUCUGGGAACCAUCAACAGCGGAGAUUGUUGAAGACCAGGGAUUCAAGGUACACCAAACACGUUCACUUCCUUCCCAGACACUCUCAUCAAAAUAUGACAUUACUAAGACUAACACGAGCCGUACAACUCUACAGGUUGAAAUCCGUUAUGUACCACAUCUACGCCGCAAACCAAUCAUCCCAUCCGAUGCGCCGGAGCGCAAGACAGGAAAAGGGCGCAAUCCAUUCGUCAACCCAGACCCGGCAUUCGUGCUUUGCCCAGUCGGGCCAAACCACCUGCUCCUGUUGAACAAGUAUUGCGUCUACCGGCCCAGUUUACUGCUAGUGACGAAGCAGUUCGUCCCGCAAUCAGACGGACUGGAUGGUAACGACUUGGCCACGGCAUGGGCGCUCCUUCACCACGCCAGCCUGUCCCGGCCGUACAUGAUGAUCUACAACUGCGGCUACGAGGCCGGUUCCAGCCAGGGCCACAAGCACAUGCAGCUCUGGGAAUACCCGGGCAAGGCGGAGCUCGGGUUCGAAUUGUUCCCCAACCAGGCGGAGUCGGAGGUCACUAUUGCCAGCGACAUCGCUAAUGUCCCCCAUAAGCAUUUCGUGCUGCGCUUGCCCGAGGAUGCGGAUGAGGCAUAUCUCGUCCAAGCUUACGACAAACUCCUCGCGGAAGUGCGCAAGGCUCAUGAAGACGCGGCCGCCGACGAAGGUUCUGAUUCGGCGUAUAACGUCGUCAUGGUUAAGGAGUGGAUUUGUCUGGUCCCCAGACGGCAUUGUGGCUUGCAGAGAGGUGCAGGUGCCAAUGCGGCGGCCAUUGUUGGUAUGGUGUGGAUAUCUGCUCUGGACGAGCGGGAGACCUGGACGUCUCCAGGAGUAAGAGAGUACUUUAAGUACCUGGGUAUACCUAGAUAG